CUCAAAAUCAUCAACAUUCAGCCGAUUUUCGACACCCAAAAAACAGCAGAUUACAUUAACAUCAAGUCAAAAAACUGAAUCAACAACAAUGGCCUUAAAGAGCAUUUCAAUGAUUUCUGCCUUGUCCAUUUUUGCCAUGAUGCUUCUAGCAUCAUUUCCAGUUUAUGCCCAGAUCACAACUCCUUGCACAACUUCAAUGCUCACUAGCUUCACCCCUUGUAUGAAUUUCAUCACAAGCAGCAGCAACAACGGGAGUAACAGCAUUUCACCAUCUGCAGAUUGCUGCAAUGUACUACAGACAGUCAUGGGCAAUGGUUCUAACUGUUUAUGCCUCAUCGCCACCGGCAGUGUUCCCUUCAACAUUCCCAUCAAUCGCUCGCUCGCGCUUUCACUCCCGAGUGCCUGUAACAUGCCUAAUGUGCCCCUCCAAUGCAAAGCUACUGUAGCUCCUGCUCCAUCUCCAGUUCCUCUGGCUAGUUCCCCUGCAGCUUCCCCUGUUUCAGCUCCUUCUCCUUCAGCUUCCAAUGGUCCUCUGGAUGGUUCACCGAUUUUGGCUCCUGACGCUACCACAAAUCCAGCUCUUUCUCCACCAACUACAACCACCCCUUCUGGAACACCGCCGUCGAAUGCCGGAAGCCGGCAAUCUGUGAAUCCACCAUCAUCUGCCUCAACCAAGAGCUUUUCACCAAUGCUUGUUCUCACUCUGAUUGGAGCCGUUGCAUUGAAGAACUAUUGAUGUGACAUGUUAUAGAUUAAUGCGUUUCAAUGUAAUGUUAGAGCGAUUUCUUUUUUCUUGGGGGCUAUCAUUUAUUAUUUAUUAUAUCUAGAAGAUGUUUGAGUCCGUUUAUUGUAUUUUGUUUUUACUGUAAUAUUGAUUUUAUUCUUAUUUGCGGUGGUGGAAAUAAAAAGAAUAUUAUUUGUAUUUGAUAAUUCAUAGUACAUACUAUGCUAGCGGU